CCACCUCCCACUUGGUUAUUAAUUUCAGAACAUAUCUGAAUUCUUUCUCUGUGGCAUAUGCUUGAGUAGAGGAACAGACAGCUCCUGGUCAGGGGCAGAUUUCAAGUUCUCAUCUGUUGGUAUCAGAUUCCUCUCUGUCCUCAACCUUAGAGAUCUUCCCUGAGUACCGCUUGGUGUCUGAAGAUCCACAAAGGUGUCUCUGGUCAUCGCUCUCUUCACCGAAUUAGUCUGCUCUCUCAGCAAAGCAUCUGCUGUACUGAGCUUUGCUUCUGGAAGCAACUUUUCCCUGAGACCUGGUUGACAGCAAUUCUCUGGUGUUAAACUUCCCGGCAUGGAGGUGAAGAACUUCACGGUUUGGGAUUAUGUCGUAUUUGCAGCCCUCUUUAUCAUUUCUUCUGGAAUCGGGGUGUUCUUUGCUAUUAAGGAGAGAAAGAAGGCGACUUCAAGGGAGUUCCUGGUUGGGGGGAGACAAAUGAGCUGUGGUCCCGUGGCGUUGUCUCUGACAGCCAGCUUCAUGUCAGCUGUCACUGUCCUGGGGGCCCCUUCCGAGGUCUACCGCUUUGGGGCCUCCUUCACACUCUUCUUCAUUGCGUAUACUUUUGUCAUCAUCUUCACAUCCGAGCUCUUUCUGCCUGUGUUCUACAGAUCUGGCAUCACCAGCACUUAUGAGUACUUACAACUACGAUUCAACAAAGGAGUUCGCUAUGCUGCAACAGUCAUCUACAUUGUGCAGACGAUUCUCUAUACGGGAGUGGUUGUGUAUGCUCCUGCUCUGGCGCUCAAUCAAGUGACUGGGUUUGAUCUCUGGGGCUCUGUGUUUGCAACAGGAAUUGUUUGCACAUUCUACUGCACUCUGGGAGGAUUGAAGGCAGUGGUGUGGACAGAUGCAUUCCAGAUGGUGGUCAUGAUUGUGGGCUUCUUAACAGUCCUCAUUCAAGGAUCGGCUCAAGCUGGUGGAUUUUACAAAGUAUUAGAGUUAUCAACAAAUGGAUCUCGACUACACAUAAUUGACUUUGAUGUCGAUCCUCUCAGGCGGCACACUUUUUGGACCAUCUCCGUGGGAGGAACUUUUACGUGGCUCGGGAUCUACGGAGUUAAUCAGUCAACCAUCCAGCGAUGCAUUUCUUGCAAAACAGAGAAGCAUGCCAAGCUAGCCUUGUACUUCAACCUGGUGGGUCUCUGGAUUAUUCUGGUGUGUGCUGUCUUCUCUGGCUUGAUCAUGUACUCCUACUUCAAAGACUGCGACCCUUGGACUUCUGGCAUUAUCUCAGCGCCGGACCAGCUGAUGCCGUACUUUGUCAUGGAGAUAUUUGCCACGAUGCCUGGGCUACCAGGACUUUUUGUGGCUUGUGCCUUCAGUGGAACUCUGAGCACCGUGGCUGCCAGCAUCAAUGCCUUAGCAACAGUGACCUUUGAGGAUUUUGUCAAGAGCUGUUUUCCCCAUCUCUCCGACAAGCUGAGUACCUGGAUCAGUAAAGGCUUAUGUAUCUUAUUUGGCGUGAUGUGUACCUCCAUGGCUGUGGCUGCGUCCUUCAUGGGUAGCGUUGUGCAGGCUGCGCUCAGCAUCCACGGCAUGUGUGGGGGGCCAAUGCUGGGCUUGUUCACCUUGGGAAUCGUGUUUCCUUUUGUGAACUGGAAGGGUGCACUAGGCGGCCUUCUGACUGGAAUCGCGUUGGCAUUUUGGGUGGCCAUUGGGGCCUUCAUUUAUCCUGCACCAGCCUCCAAGACAUGGCCCUUGCCUUUGUCGACAAACCAGUGUGUCCCAUCAAAUGUGACGGAGUUAGUGCCUCCAGCGCUAUCCAGCAGGCCUGCGAUCGCUGACUCCUGGUAUUCGAUCUCCUACCUUUACUACAGUGCAGUGGGCUGCCUGGGAUGCAUUGCUGCUGGAGUAAUCAUCAGCUUCCUCACAGGACACCAGAGUGGCAAAGAUAUUCAGCCAAUGCUAAUCAGACCCGUCUGCAAUCUAUUUUGCUUUUGGUCUAAGGAAUAUAAAACACUGUGCUGGUGUGGAGUACAGCAUGACCGUGGGUCAGAGCAGGAAACGCUUGAGAAUGGCAGUACCUGGAAACAAGGAACUGAAUCUGUCUUACAGAAUGGACUCAGGAGAGAAAGCCUGGUCCACAGUCCAGGCUACGAUCCCAAGGACAAAAGCUACGACAAUGUGGCAUUUGAGAAGAUUACCCAUUUCUAAGGCAACACGUGCAUGCGUGUGCACACAAACACACACAUACACACACGUAGACCUACACAGUCCACAUACUUCUUGCUUAUUGGUUAGUAGACUUGUGUAGUUGCCAUUGCUAGAAGACAAGGAUGUCUAAUGUCUAUUUAUAACUUAUUUAUAACCUCAAAUAAAAUGACUGUUUCCCAGGCUAUUCUUUGGAUAUCAAACUUUCAGGUGAGAAAAACAACCAAGCCUUAAGUGCUCUGGCAAUGGACAUCCUUCUUGAAUAAAUUAAGACUGGAUUUCAUCAUAGAACAAGAA